AUGGUUCUGGCGAAAUGGGGCUUUGAAAUCCCACAUAUGACAAUUGAGGCAGCGCCUAAGCUGGUUUAUUUAUUGUCAUGGAAUGAAUGGCGAAAGGGGUGUAAGGCAGUUCCCCGCUACCCGCAAUGGAUUCCUAUUAUGGGGUUUGACAUCGCUUUAUCAAUGGCGAAGGCACUACGGGAUCAUACGUUUCUUCUCUGGCUUCGAAAAUUGCACGAGACAGGGCCAGACUUCCUUGGCCGACAUGUCAUCCACACCAUUGAGCCAGAGAAUAUGAAAGCCAUAUCAGCGACGGUCUGGAACGACUUUGGGGUCGAGCCAUUGCGUCGCAGGACAGGAGCCAGCAUGCCUUUCGCUGACAAGGGUGUUAACACCACCGACGGUCACGACUGGGCUUUCAGCAGGCUCCUGAUCAAGCCGUACUUCUUGCGGGAGGCCUUUUCGAACACAGAUAGGCUAAAGGAGCACACAGAUAACCUUCUGAGUCUGAUUCCCCUUGAUGGAUCCACAUUUGACAUGCAGAUUUUGAUGCAGCGCUGGUUUCUGGACACUUCUACCCAUUUCCUGUUUGGAGAGUCCAUUAGCUGCCUCCUUUAUCCAGAAAGAGCAGAAAUAGCUUGGGCUAUGACUGAUAUUCUGCGCGGCUUGCGCCUGCGUCUGCAGAUGAGCAAGUGGCUGUGGAUGUUUAGGUGGAAACGUUGGUUGAAUGCGAUCGAGAUAGUCCAUGAGUUUAUUGACCGCCAAGUCGACCGAGCCUACAUUGAAAGGGCUAAAGAGGAAAAUAGCGGAGGCGCAAAUGACAUGGAAUCUACCUUCAGGUUUCAGUCAAAGACUGAGAGAACUGACCUGCUUUGGUCUAUGGUCCGUAAGGUCCCCAAGGAUAAAGCACGGCUGCGGUCAGAGAUGCUGCUCUUGUUUGUGCCGAACAAUGACACAACUUCCAUCUUCAUCAGCAAUAUCUUCUGGAACCUUGCUCGGUAUCCUGACGUCUAUGCAAGAGUGAGGGAGGAAGUACUGUCUGCCGGAGAGAAUGCGGCCCUUACAUAUGAGUGCCUGAGAAAUAUGAAAUAUCUUCAAGCGGUGCUCAACGAGACUCAUCGGCUCUACCCCAAUGGUAUAAUGCAAGUGAGGUACUGUGUUAAAGACACUACACUCCCACUUGGAGGCGGCAAAGACGGAAAAUCACCCAUCCUUGUGAGGAAGGGUGAUGUCGUACAGGUGAACAAAAAUGUGAUGCAGCGGGACAAAGACAUCUGGGGCGAAGACGCCGAUGAGUUCAGACCUGAUCGUUGGUUUGGCCUCCGGCCAUUUUGGAAUUUUGUGCCAUUUGGAGGUGGACCGCGGCGCUGCCCUGCUCAGCUCCUGGUAACGACAGAGGCUAGCUAUAUCAUUGCACGAUUUUGCAUACGUUUCAAGUGUGUUGAGAGCCGUGACCCUGGCGGCUAUGUUCCUGUUAUGCGGGCCGGCCCUGUCAACACUAGAGGGGUAAAGGUUGCGGUCACUGCAGCAUAG